AUGGUCAACUCCUGUUGUGGCUCCGUCUGCUCUGACCAGGGCUGUGGCGAGGAGUCCUGCUGCCGCCCCAGCUGCUGCCAGACCACCUGCUGCAGGACCACCUGCUGCCGCCCCAGCUGCUGUGUGUCCAGCUGCUGCCAGCCCUCCUGCUGUGGCUCCAGCUGCUGCAGGCCCAGCUGCUGCACCUCUAGCUGCUGCCGCCCCACCUGCUGCCAGACCACCUGCUGCAGGACCACCUGCUGCCGUCCCAGCUGCUGUGUGUCCAGCUGCUGCCGCCCCUCCUGCUGUGGCUCCAGCUGCUGUGGCUCCAGCUGCUGCAGGCCCAGCUGCUGCACCUCUAGCUGCUGCCGCCCCACCUGCUGCCAGACUACCUGCUGCAGGACCACCUGCUGCCGCCCCAGCUGCUGUGUGUCCAGCUGCUGCCGCCCCUCCUGCUGCGGUUCCAGCUGCUGCAGGCCCAGCUGCUGUGGCUCCAGCUGCUGCCGCCCCACCUGCUGCCAGACCACCUGCUGCAGGACCACCUGCUGCCGCCCCAGCUGCUGUGUGUCCAGCUGCUGCCGCCCCAGCUAUAACUGCCUACCAUUCUGCUGUCGCCCCUCCUGCUGUGGUUCUAGUUGCUGUGGCUCCAGCUGCUGCCAACCCACCUGCUGCCAGACCACAUGCUGCAGAACCACUUGCUGCCGCCCCAGCUGCUGUGUAUCCAGCUGCUGCCGCCCCUCCUGCUGUGGUUCCAGCUGCUGCCGCCCCUCGUGCUGCAUUUCUAGCUGCUGCCAGCCCUCCUGCUGUGGAUCCUGUGGUGGCUCCAGCUGCUGUGGCUCUAGCUGCUGCCGCCCCUCCUGCUGUGGUUCCAGCUGCUGCCGCCCCUCCUGCUGCAUUUCUAGCUGCUGCCAGCCCUCCUGCUGUGGAUCCAGCUGUGGUGGCUCCAGCUGCUGUGGCUCUAGCUGCUGCCGCCCCUCCUGCUGCAUUUCUAGCUGCUGCCGCCCCUCCUGCUGUGGAUCCAGCUGCUGCUGCCCCUCCUGCUGCUGUCCCUCCUGCUGCCUGCGCCCAGUCUGUGGUCAGGUCUCCUGCCACACCACUUGCUAUCGCCCUACCUGUGUCAUCUCCACCUGCCCCCGCCCCAUGUGCUGUGCCUCCUCCUGUUGCUGA